UCCCUCCAUCCAUCAGUGAGCCUCAGUUGCAGCGGCAACUGCGUUCGGAUCUCGACCAUUCCCACAUCAUAACCUUCCGCCAUUAGCGAAGACAGACUCGCCCGCCAUGUCUGCUGCAACGGCCAAACCCCCGGUCAUACCCCCCAGGCCGUCAAGGAGCCAGGAGAAGAAGACCGCGGCCCCAAUGGUUCCGCCACGGCCCGCAAACCGGCGCGUUCAGCGCUCCAUCAGCCCGAAUCCCGACCGCUUUGCCCCGUCGCCGCUAAACGAGGGCUUCUUUCUCAAGUCGCCCAAGCUACAGCCUGGCUCCCCGAACGGCCACGACGGCGACCCGAUCCCCCGCUCCACAUCGGUCGACCUGCCCUCGCUCGGCGAGGAGGGCAAGGAAUAUGCCCUCCUGGCCGAGGAGCUGAGCUCCCCUAGCGAGGGGCACAGCAGCAGCCCCGAGCACACGCGCACUGUGGGCGCAGAUCUGAAGCUGCAUGCCCCGAAGCCGUCCUUGCCUGCCUCUAGUGCGAAGCAGCGUGUUAUGGCCGUUACGCGCACCGACAGCGAGCGGGCCGCGGCGUUUGGCUUCGGCAGGCCGAGCAGCGUUGAGGAGUCGACUGCCGCCCUGCCGUCGAACCGCAGCCUCAAGAAGAAAGCCAGCACGGCCAGUCAGCUGUCUACGGCCGGAAGCCACGUCGAUGACGAGCACGGCAUCCCCGAAAUCGGCAUGCAGGUGCCCAUGUACAAGAACGCGGGUGACGUCCAGGCUCCGACACCUGCCCUCACGGGUGCCGAAGCGCAGAAGGACAAGCACCAUGUGCGCAGGACGUCUGCUCAUGGAAGCUUGCCGCCGGGAAGCUACGGCUUGCACGGCCACGGCAUCCCGCCCCAAGACAAGCUCGAGAAGGCCUACUACGAGAAGCACCCCGAUCUCCUGGAGAAGGAGCAUGUUCCUCACCACUACGAUCGACCCAACGAUUUCUCCAUGAGCCGCGAUGACCUCGACAAGAUCGUCAAGGAGACGGCAAGCCGCGGCUCUGGUCUUGGUGUCAAAAACUACGCCGCAACGCCCAGCGACCAGGUCGGUUGGCAGGCGCUCGAGGAGUCGGCGUUGAGGAUAGCUUCCCCCGCCAACGGCUCUUCCGAAGCCAAGGCCACGGCUAUCCACGUGGACGAGCCCAACCGCCGGAGGUCUGUCAUGUUCAGCGACUCGGAGUCGGCGAACGCAGACGAAGAGGUGGAACGCCCAUACACGGCCCCCAUUCUGGCCGAGGACGAGGUCGCCAAGGACCCAUCGGCUCUCAGCCAACAGCCGGCAGUCGAACCCUCGACCUUCGAGCUGGAAGAGACCGUCAGCCGCCCGACAAGCAGGCCUACAAGCAGGCCUACCAGUCUGUACCGGGAGUCGUCGUACGAGCUGCGCCAUACUCCUCUGGAGGACGUAGAAGAGUACGAGCCGCUCUUCAAGGACGACGAGAAGCAGGAAGCGAAGGAACCUGCGAAGGAGGACAAGCGCAAGGACAAUCACAACCACCAGCACCGCUUCCCCAGCGCCGACAUCUGGGAGGACGCGCCCAGUUGUGUCUUGUACACGACCGAGGUGUCCACUCCGGAGCUCUUCGACGAGGAGGACAAGCCGUACCCGGCGGUCGCCCCGCCGCCGCGAGAGGGCGAAACCCCGGCGCAGGCCUUCGCUCGUCGCCAAGAGGAGCUUGCCGAGAAAGAAGCCCUGGGCCAGAAGACCGAGGGUUUCGUCCCGGCGCCUACCACGGAGAAGCCAGUCUGGGCGCAGCACCAGAAGCACCUCGUCGCCGAAACAGCCGCCUCCCGCCCGUCGAUGCAGCACAGGUUUCCCAGCCGCGACGUCUGGGAAGACGCGCCCGAGAGCGUGAACUUGGAGACGACCGUUUCGACGCCGCAGCAGGACGAGGAGGAGACUCCCGCCUCCCCGGCCGAGAACCACAAGCCGGUCGUGCCGGAGCGGCCCGCUAUCCCGGACCGCCGCCCAAAGCCCCGACAAGCCUCAGCCGACGACGGCAGCAAACCGGCCGUGCCCGAGCGGCCCAAGCCUCAGAUCCCCGCCCGGCCCGCCAAGGCCAGCCCCACAUCGGCCGGCGUCGAGCCCGCCGAGGCCGCCGCCGCCCCGCCGCCCCGCCCGAAGCCGGCCGUGCCCGCCCGCCCCAUGGGCUCUAAAAUCGCCGCGCUGCAGGCCGGCUUCAUGAACGACCUCAACAGGCGUCUGCAGCUGGGCCCGCAGGCGCCGCCUAAGAGGCAGGAGCCCGCCGCGGAGCCGGCCGAGGAGGACAAGGAGAAGGAGAAGGCGCCGCUGAGCGAUGCGCGCAAGGGCCGCGCCAGGGGUCCGCAGAGGAGGGCCCCCACUGCUGCUGCUGCUGCUGCGGCGGCGGCGACGGCUCCUCCCACGACGGAGGCGAAGCCGGCCGUUGUGCUUGGCUUCUCGUCCGCCGUGACGUUCUUCGAGGUCGACCCCGACGACGGCACCCUCAGCACGGGCGGUAGGCCCGCGUCUGUGCCGGCGUCUGCUCCUGCGGCCGAGCAGAAGGGGUCUGAUGUGGAGGUUGCGGACGACGGCGCUUCUCAUGCUGUGGACGCGAAGGCAGAAGAAAGGGAUGCCGCGAAGGGGACGGCGGUGGAGCCGGAAGAAAAAGAAAAAGAAGAAGAAAAAGAAAAAGAAGAGCGUGCCUCGCAGUCCGAGCCGCGGGAUGCUGCUGCUGAGCCUGGGCCGCCGGCGGCGGCGGAGCAGGCGGCGAGUACGAAGACGCUGGCUACCAACAUGGCCGGGGAGACGCUUGUCGAGGAACAGGUCGCGAAGGAUGAGGAGGGUGACGUGGAGCCCGUGGAGGUGGUGGAGAACUGAGCUGGCAGCUUGCUGCAGCGCGGGCCUUCCUUCCUCCUUUGUUUCUCUGUUGAUGAGGUGAGGAGCGAGGGUUGUGGCUCCUGGAGACGGAGGGGUAGUCCUGGG